AUGUGCCUUGCAUUCCAGGCAGCUAGCGUAGGUGCUCCUGACGUUCUCCGCGGAUUACUUGGCAACGUCUUGGUCGCUGUGCAAAAGUUGGCCUCUGUUCUAGACCCGAUCAUUGCAGAGCUUGGGUGUCCUGAGCUUGUCAAGUACGACCGAACCCUGUUCAAGGCCUUCCCUGGUGCCGCGGGUGCGAUAUAG